AUGAGUGGAGAGGGGGAGGGGGAGAGGAGGGUGCUGGACAUCCUCGCGGGCUCCGACGACGACUCGGACGGCCCCGCCGAGGACUACUCGAACAUCCAGAUCGACGAGGGGUACGCCCGCCGCUACGAGCACAACAAGCGGCGCGAGGCGAUGCAGCGCCUCAAGGAGAAGAAGAAGAAGGGCGUCGUCGCCGACCCCGACGACGAGGACGACGACGACUCCGACGACGAGUCGGAUGAGGACGAGGCCGUCGCCGCCGCCUCGCGCCGCGUCGACCGCCGCGUGCUCCAGGUCAUCCGCCGCAUCCGCAGCGGCGACAGCGCCAUCUUCGACAAGGACGCCAAGGUGUACUCCUCCUCGUCGGAGGAGGACGAGGACGACGCCGAGGGGGAGCCCAAGGAGGGGAAGAAGGCCAAGAAGGAGCCCAAGGAGGGGAAGAAGGCCAAGAAGGAGCGGCCACUGUACCUCAAGGACGUCAACGCCCAGCACCUGAUCGAGGAGGGCCCCGAGUUUGCCGCGCAGACUGGCCGCGGCAGCAAGUACGACCGGAUUGCCUACAACGAGCUCCAGAGGGAGGGGCUGAAGGAGUUCCUUGAGGCGGAGAAGAAGGCAUUGGGGGAUGGCGAUGACGAGGAGGACGAUCUGUUCAAGGCGAAGCAGGCUGAAGGAGAUGACGGCGACAGCGAAGAGGACGAAGACGAGAAGCAGACCGAGGAGCUGUUGGUUGAGGUUUUUGGGGAUGAUGACAAGCUGGAUGAAAAUGAGAAGUUUUUGAAGAAUUACAUCCUCAAUAGGCCCUACCUUGAACCAGUGCCGGAUAAGUUCUCGCUGGAUGAUAUCCAGGAGGUCUCACAGGAAGAGGAUGUGAUCGAAACUCAGGAGGACUAUGAGGAUAUUUAUAAUAAGUUGGGGAAUUAUAAAUUCCGGCAUGAGGAGGUGGAAGCUUCAGAGGGAGUGGUGACUGAUCGGGUAAUGGGACAUCCCCGGGUUGUUGAGGGGUCUGUGAGGAAGAAGGAGAGCAGCAGAAAGAAGCAGCGGAAGAGCAAAGAGGAACGGCUUGCGCGAGCCAAGCAGGAGCAGGCAGAGGAGCUGAAGCAUCUCAAGAAUUUGAAGAAGAAAGAGAUCGCUGAGAAGCUUGAGAAGAUCCGGAUGAUUGCUGGAAUUGAAGGGGAAGCUGCCUGUAAGCUUGGUGCAGAUGACUUGGAGGAAGAUUUUGAUCCAGAGGAUUAUGACAGGAAAAUGCAGGAGAUGUUCGAUGACAGCUACUAUGGUGCUGAUGAGGUUGAUCCUGGGUUUGGAAGUGGAGAUGAUUUAGAUUUGGUCAAACCUGAUUUUGACAAGGAAGAUGAAUUGCUUGGGCUACCCAAAGAUUGGGCUCUUGAUGGUAAAGAAGGGUCUACUGCCACUGGUGAGAAGAAGAAAAAGAAGAAGAAAAAUAAGGAGCUUGCAAAUGGUGAGGAGGAAGGUGAGAAAAAGAAGGGGAAGAUCUCUCUCAAGGACAAGGUGGAGCUUGAGAAGGAGCUUGAUGAGUAUUAUAAGCUAGACUACGAGGACACCAUUGGAGAUCUGAAGACACGGUUCAAGUAUAGGCAAGUUCAGCCAAACAGUUUUGGCCUGGAGAUGUAUGAGAUACUGCAAUCAGAUGACAGGGAUCUGAACCAAUAUGUAUCCAUGAAGAAGCUAGCACCAUAUAGGGAGGAUGAAUGGCAGGUGACUCAUCAUAAGAAGCUGAGCAAAGAUUUGAUCCUUGGAGGACAGAAGAUAGAAGGCAAAAAGGUCAAAUCUCACAAGAAAUCUAAGUCUGGGGAGGGCCCUAGUUCCGGGAGGCCAGAGACAGAUAAGCCAACAAGUGAACAAGAAGAAACAGAUGGUAAGACUGAGUCAAAAAGCAAGAAGCACAAGACUGGGAAGAGAUCCAGGUCCGAGGAUGGUCCUGGUUCUGAAAUGGCAGAGGAAGUCAAGGUGACAAGUGAGCAAGAACAUGCAGAUGCCAAGACUGAGUCAAAAAGCAAGAAGCACAAGACUGGGAAGAGAUCCAGGUCUGAGGAUUGUCCUGGUUCUGAAACGGCAGAGGAAGUCAAGGUGACAAGUGAGCAAGAAGAUGCAGAUGCCAAGACAAAAUCAAAGAAGAGCAAGAAGGUCAGGACUGGCGAGGAAUCCAGGUCUGAGGAACACCCUAGUUCUGGAAAGCCAGAGGAGGGCAAGUUAAGAAGUGAAGAAGAAACAGGUGGCAAGAAAAAAUCAACUAGAAGUGAGCGAAGGAACCGUCGAAGGAAGGAGUUGAAAAUAUCCAGGGACAGGCAGGGGGCAUACGGGUUGAUAGAUCUGAAGAGUCAGAAGAACAAUUGA